GAAUCCGGAGCUGCACGCAGAGUUGCAGACUCGUCAGAUCCACCUUAUUCAGUUCUCAAACACCGCGGCGGCGCCGUCUGCUUCCCAGUUGCUCCCGUGAAAAUUGAGCAUUCACCGCCGCUUUCAGGAGUAUCUUUCCGCGAUAAACCGAGAUGCAGAAAACAGCGCAGUCGUGGUUUUCGGGCGGGCCAAGCAGUGAUCUCGACAAAACGUCGUCUUCGCCGUCACUUCUCUCUGAUUGGAACGCGUAUGCCGCCGCUUCCGAGCCCGCCGCCGACGAUUCACCGUUCGAUCUCGAGGCGGCUGUGCGGUCCGCCAACGACAGAGUCACUUCCACAUUCAGCUUGGUUACAAAAGGGGUGAGGGAGUUACCUGGGAGUUUCAACUCUGCUACUAGCAGCGUACCAUCGGGGAAGUCUCUCGUGUAUUUUGGCUUCUUCCUUGCAGCUGGGGUCUUCUUUAUUUUCAUUGGUUUCACCAUAUUUCUUCCUGUGAUGGUGCUGAAGCCCCAAAAAUUUGCAAUCUGCUUCACAAUCGGGUGUGCCUUCAUUGUUGGUUCGUUCUUCGCCCUAAGAGGCCCCAAGAAUCAGCUUAUCCACAUGCUAUCGAAAGAGAGACUGCCUUUUACACUGGGAUUUCUUGGCAGCAUGAUUGGUACUGUUUAUGUAUCCAUGGUGCUCCACAGCUACAUCCUCUCUGUUUUCUUCUCUGUGCUACAGGUGCUGGCUCUCUUGUACUAUGUUGUUUCCUACUUCCCUGGAGGAUCGGCCGGACUGAGGUUUCUUUCCUCAUCACUCACCUCCUCCAUACUCCGUUGCUUUGGAAGAUGACUCCCCUAACCUCAGAAACGCCAUGAAAAUAUAAAAUGCAGCAUAGAAUAGCCCCCCCUUCACUUUGAUUUUAGUACAUAAACAUCAUGAUCAUAUCAUAUUUACAAUUAGUUUUGAGUUUAGAUGAUUUCGAUAAAUAUCAUUAGCAUUACUCGUGUUAAA